GGAACGGGGCGCGCGGCCACUCGCCCGCUGGAGCAAACUUGGAGCAGCUUCCCGGGCCCUCUGGGAAGAAACUUGGGGCAAUUGGGACUGGAGACAACAUCCCCUUCUCGGCCCUGGAGCCCCGCAGCUGCCGGGGCGUCUGGAUCCUCGGGGGCAGGAGGGAAGAGCUGGCCAGGUUUGGAGCGUCCUCCUGGGGGCACAGAGAGAACCUGCCGCAGUGCCUGGAACGGGAUUGCAGCGUGGCUGGAGGCGGAGAGCGCCUUAGGCAACUGCCUGCGGCGUUAGGGACCAGAGGCAGGUGGGGGCCCCAGAGACGGAUCCCCUGGACCCGGACCCGCGGGACUUACCUAAGGUUUCAGAGUGUCCUUUCCGGGAGGUGGCAGAUAAUGCCUGGAAUUGUCGUAGCUGUUCUUUGGCGGAGAGCAGGGGAACGCUCUUUAUGCUUUUACAUUUUGUAAGAAGCAGUGUGCAGUCACACCAGAUGAAGAAUGUGCGAAUGCGACUUAGUAAGUCAGGGUAAACAGAAAUUGGAAAUGGCUCACCUCUUGUGUUUCCCUAAAAUAAACAUUUUGCACGAAAUUUUUGUACUCCAUGUAUUUUUUCUAUUAGUAUCGCCCAAGACACUCGAAAAUAAAUUAAUCCUAUUAUCACAGGACUCUGGUACAUGGGGCAUGUAUGAAGUGGAAUUCCGAGUUCAUAGAGACUCGUCAUUUGUAAGCAAAAUCAAGUGGGGAAUAGGGCAUUUGUUCGCCGUGGGUUUUUCCACAAUUUUGUGCUGUCCUUUUCCUAGUGCUGUUAUGUUUGAGGAGCAUUUUUAUAAGAGAAAUCCAUCUGGAUGAUAGUAUGCCUAACCAGAGGGAAGACUUGCUCCUAGGGAAAAGCAAUCGGAUAGCUUUAACAUCUCCCAAAUUUUUAAAAUUAGUAGUAUUUUUUUUUAAAGAGGGAAUGGAAGAAUGAGUUUCUACUGGCUUGAAACAUGGUGUAUGUUAGUUGACCUUAGGCUGUUAACAGAAAACUUGAAAUGAGAUGUUUGAUUAAUUUAAACUCCCUGGAGAACAGAUAUAGCCCUUCCUGCAGUCAGUGGGGUUGGCUUUCAGACAUAGCAUUAUUAGAAGAAGAAAACCUAAUGUGCUCUUGAUAAGUUCAAUGAACACAGUGCUAAAAGCAGCAUUUGGCUUGCAAGGAUAAUGCAAGCAUAAAAAUCCUAAUUUGAGAAUAACAAAAGUAUCUGCUUAGGCAAAACCUUGUCAGAUAUAAAACAUAGCAAAUAGCUUUGGAGAAGGCAAUUGUUUUUGUUUUCUUUUUCUUUCACUGCAAAGUUUCUAAAUUAAAACCCAAUCUUCUGGUUGCUAUGGACACAGUGAUGCUGUUGGGGGGGGGGUUGGUUAGUUUUUAUUUUUAUUUAUUUAUUUUUUACCUGUAGUUACAGCUACACAGUUUCUUAAAUCUCUGAUAAUGGAAACCUGAGUUAAACAGCCUUAGUUAACAAAAUAAAGAGAAAUCCUGGGAAAAGAGCUAUGAAUGGAUUUUUUUUAUCUUAAAAAAUACCUUAAAGGAAUACUUUGAAUAUCUCAUAAAAAUGAUACUCUGUUAUACAGAUUGUAGAGUUUUGAAAUAAAAUGAAUGUCAGGAAUAGAAUCCCAUUCUGCGAAGGUGAAUUUCUAUUGCUGUGGGUACUUGCAGAACAGAUGUGCAACUGUGCAAGUAUGUUUUUAACUAUGCAAUUGAAAAAGACUGAACAUUUGGGGUGACUUUAGCUGUGUCAGAGUCUGUGUCAUUGGAAUUUAGUUCUGCCACUAAGGGUCACUUAAAAUCAGUCCAAUUUUGAGUUUUGUGGAAUCAACGAAUUGUCAUCCGAAUUCUUAGCAGCAGUGCUCUGUCCUCAUUUUCCUCAUCAUGCUCUGAGGGUCAGCAAUAAUCUUUACCCUAACCCAGAAUUUGAUCAUAGCUAGAGACCAGCCACAGGGAUGAGGAGAAAGAGACAAAAGAAACCAGAGGAGCGGCUGGCGGUAAUUAGGAAGGUUUCUGCUGCUUGAAUAUGAUAAAAUCCCAUGUUCACUUAUGAUGUUUACUAUAUGUGGAAGCUCCUAUUUGUAAAUAGGGCAGGUCCCCGGUAUAAAGCUAGUGUUAUUAUUCACACCCCUAGAACAAACACCUCCACCCCCCUGUUGUUGUCUUAAAAAACUCCAGCUGCUCAUGAAUAUAGGGUUCAGGGAGGGCCGGCUAAAUGUUUCUCUGUGCUUUCUCUCCAGCACAGCCAGCAGAGCUGUUUCCUGUUCUUUGUUUCAAGGCUGGGGUUUGCGUCAUACAUUCCAAGUGGCAUAUGUGUGCUCUUUCCUGUUUCAGGCUGUUUUCUGGUAGAUCAGUAGCCCAGACCAGGCCAUGGUCCCUGCCCCUAAACUCCCUCUCCCCACCCAGGGAGUUAUCAUGUCUUUACACACUUAAAAUUGCUUAAGAUGCCUGUGUUAUGUCAUAAUGAGAAGUCAGUUAACCUUUUUACAUGCACCCUUUGCUCCAGUGUGUUUAUAUGGGUAGAUAAAUACUUUUACCUUUUUAAAUUUUUCAUCGCCACACUAAUUUUAAGCAAUUUCUCUGCAUAUUGGCUAGAAAUCCAAAGGAGCUUGUUUUUGUUUGUUUUUCAUUCUUUGAAGGUGGGUAGGGUGUUUGAGGAUAGGCAUUUUCACCUGAAGUCGACAAUUUUGGGUCAGGAUCACUGUAUUAGAGUUUAGAAGCAGUCUCAUUACUGCAAGAUCUGGACCUCUCUCCCCCUCCCCCUCCAAACCCCUUGUUCACAUUUAGCACUGACACUCAAAGCCUAGGAGACUUCAUUGGAUGGCGAAUGCUUGCAGACCUGGCAGCCUGAGCUGACUUGAAAGUCUUGCUUAUGUUUUAAGGAAAAAAAUCUUCAGAAAAAGUACUGAAGCAAAAUGUAGGAUGCAUUUAGAAAAUCCCAGGAUUAUUUCUUUUUAAAGGCAAAGGUUAAAAUACUACGAUACUUUUUCUAAGGACAACAGUUUUACUGUAAUCUACAGCUAUUUCCACUGUUUAGGAAUAAAAAGCUCAAAAGAACUGGGAAUAAAUUCAUUUAAUGACAGCUUGGAAAAAUUUUACUGUGUUUUGAAAACAAGAGGAGAAUGCUCUUGCUUAUUGUUUUACAAUAGCAACUUUUUCACAAUCUCAUUUUUUAAAUAUUCUGUCAGCUGUGAGUUAAUGAAUUUCUGAGUGAGACCUACUUUAACAAAUGAAUUUUCAUUUGGGUCUUCAGAAAGUAAGUUUUAAAGUAAUGGUUAAAAAAGAGAGUUUCUGCAGGUUUCCUUUUUAAACUUGUUGUUGGAUUUUCUUUAAAAUCUAAAGGGAUCAUUUACAAUAUUUGCUAGUAGAAUAAAUUGCAAGAGUGGCUGAGGCAGCAGACCAGGCCUUAUUACCCUUCCAAAGUUUGAUGAUAGAUAUUUGGUUUUAAUUUCACAUCCCACCACAUUCUUUCUAUAUGUGCAAAAGGGAAAUAAACUAUGAUGUUAAGAAAGUUUCUAGGAUAAACUAGUAGGUUACUGAUAGCCUUUGUUGAAAAAAAAGAGCUUUUAAAAGUUUCAAUAAGAUUUUUCUUUCUCCUUUGGGGGACAUGAACUUGAAAUAUUAAGUUGACUUGUAGGACAAGAAGCCUUUUAACUAAAAUGUAUAAGUAACCCAAAAUGAAGCAAGUUGUUUGUUUUAGUUUCAAAGAUGUUAACAAUCCAGCCAAAUUUGGUAGACUAAAGUAUUUGCCUUCCCCCAAAUCAUUUUUUCCUCCUUUUUUUGGGGGGGUGAGGGAAGUAGUUAAUAGAGAUGAUUAUAGUUUAAUGUAUUCUAUCAGGAAAAAAAAAUUCUUCAAGCUUUUAAAUACUGAAUUGAACAACUGGGAAAAAUUAUACCAGUCUGGUAGUUACUAUAAUUACAAAACUAAAUGACAAUAAGAGUUUCAUCUCUUGACCAUGCAAAUCACAAUUCCUAAUUCAACCCCAUUUUGUCUCCCUGUGUUCUUUAGCUUCUUAAUAUUUCCAAAUCAACAUUUCUGCUAUAAAAUAGGGUUUUUUGGUGGUAUUUCUUACUUUCUCUUUUCACCCCCAGCCACGUUGAAGAAAAACAUGAUAAUAAAUGCAAACAACUUCAUCCUUUAGAUAAUAGGAAUUAUAUUCUGGAAAUUGGGCUUCUUUCUAAAGUGCUUCACUGUCAUUGGUAUUAACUUAAAAAAAAAAAAAAUCCCUAGAGUCUUAAGACAGUUGCUAUCUACUUUGCUAGAUAGUCCAAAUCCAUCUUGCAGUGGUGUGGAAGAGAAGGGUUGUAAUGGGUCUUGGGUAUUCUCAUUUUCAAGUCUGAUCUGUCCCUUUUCUUAAACCCCCAUUUCUCAUCUUAAGCAGUCAUGCCAGAGCUCGAGACAGGAAACCAGACAGCAGUCUGCCCUGAUAAGGGACAGCAUUGUCUAAAGGAGGUAGCCUGGCUUUCCCCCACCCCUCAACUCCUCUUUCCUUGAAAUUUAGUAGUAAUAAAAGAGACAUUGCUACAGUCUCUGAACCAGAACUAGGACUGUUUCCUCCCAAAGUUGUGUGUGUGUGUGCGUGUGUGUGCCCAUGUAUGUGUGUGCCUUUCCACUGUCUUUCUGAGGAAUAUCUGCCUUUGUGAGGAAUAUCUCUGUAGUUCAAUAGAAUAUUAAAAAAUUAUCAGUGUAUUUGUAUCCCUGGGUCAGAGAGUUUAAUAGUAAAUUUCUCUAGCAAAACAGGUUCCUGGAGCUUUUUGAAACUCACUCCAUUGUGUUGGCAGGCUGAAUACAUUAUCAUUUCCCCCAUCUAAUUACUAAGGGGAACCAUAGGCAGAAUGUAGGCAAGUAAAGUGGUCCUUCAGCCAGGCCCUUCAGGGUCUACCUCUGACCUGAUCUCCAGGAAAGGGUGCAUCCCAAGACAGCCCCCUCCCAGCAAGCCCCUGCAGAGCUCUGCUUAACCUGAGAGCUGCUGGAGAAGGUUGCCAUCUCUGAAAGGCCCCUGGGUCUCCAGGGAUGGCCCAGAGCUAGUCUCAAACCAGAUCAGUGGAGUUUGGCCAAAUCUAGACAUGAGAGCUCAAGUGGACAUUGAGGUCAGUACAUUCUACCCUGGAGAGCGACCUGUGAAUCAAGUGUCGGUUUUUUUCUCCUUUGACCUAUAUGCUGUUUUUUCUACUAACUACUGUUCUUUGAGGCUAAUCACUGAAAUCCACUCCUUUAUCUGUUCUUGCACUUUGCAGUCUGGUACCUGCCAAAACUUUACACCCCAGAACUACUUUCAUUAGUCCGUUUAGGUUCCUGUUCCCCUUAGUUCUCCAAACAAAGGGAGUUUUUCUCCCCAAAGCCUCCCAAAAUUUUCCCAUUUACUUCGCAUUUUAGGUUUUAGAAGGUUUCAGGCUAGCUUCCCUGUGCCCUGGGUAGAUUUUCCUUGUGCAAAUCUUGGUAUACAAUCAUGCCUGGCCCCUGGCCCUUUAUUUAGCCUUGUCCUUUACUUUGUCCUGGCACGUGAGAAGUAUCUUUUGACAGCCAUUCAUUUAUUCAUCUCACAAGUAUUUAUUGAGCACCUACUCAUUAGCACUAAUCUCAAAUUAUGUGCAGUUAAUAUUCCCACUUAGGCCACAGGAUGGAGUAGGGCCCAAGUGGUCUAACCUGAAAAGGCAUUUUGAAAUCUUAAUUGCCCAGUGGAACCACCUCCUGGCACCGCCCACCGCUGCCCCCUCCCUACUGGGGGAGUGACCCCAGGAUGGGAUGAUUUUCCUUCCAGGUCGUUCCCACAGCUCAGACUCAGAAGCAGAACAGAAGGAGCUCCUGGUCUGCAGGCAGACACACUUCUGUUCUUGGCGACAACGCCAACCAACUCUGCGAAUUUGGGCGAGUCAUUUCACCUCUGUUCCUCCAUUUCCUCAUUUCUAAAAUGGGGAUGAGGACCUGACCCUUCCACCUUUGUACAGUUAUUAUGAGGAUUUCCGUAUUUGCUUGGGUAAAGCUGCCAAUUUUUCUCAGCAGUUUUAUGGACCAAUUGCAGGUGCAUUUGCUAUGAAGAAUAAUAACCUAAUUUGGGGCCUUUAGAACGAGUCCUUUGAUCUUGUGUCCAAGCGUGCAGGCAAAGGGAGACUGUAGGCAGCAGGGGCCAGUUGGGAGUUGAAAUCGCUGCUACUGUAAAUACACUGUUCCUGCUGCAAUCCAUAGCCUCCAGGGAGAGAUCAGUUCACAGAAAUUGCCAUCCCACUAUUGCUGUUUGUAGUGUGAUGUUGUCCUCUGCCUGGGGAGGUGGUGGAGUGGGGUGUCAAGUCCACCAGCCUUGAAGUCAGACUACUUUGGCUUCCAGUACUGACUCCACAACUCAGCAGCUGUGUGAUCUCAGGCAGAUUGCUUUACCUCUCGGCUCCAUUGUUCUCAUCAGUAAAAUGGGAAGGUCGUAUCCAUCUCAUAGGCAUUAAAUGACACAGUCCAUGUAAAGAACCACACCUGGUGAUCAGCAGUCAUGAAGGUGGUGGAGAUCAGCAGGAAUUUGUCACUUGGCCCUUGGCAAGUAUAGCAAGGAUAGCAGGAGCCUUCAAAAUAGUAAGCCCAGUAUUACACACACACACACACACACACACUCUCUGCUUAUACAAUUGUUUCUCUCUUUCCUUAUUUUCAAUUUUCAAACAGUAGAGAGCUUGACACUAGACUUGUUUAGAAGAUAUCUCUAGGUAGGUAAUAAAAAAAUUCUUUGAGGAUGAAACUGAUAUGUUUCCUGAAGGACUCAUGCAGGUAAGGUUAAAGCUAAGAACUUUUUUUUUUUUUUUUUUUGAGGAAAGCUUAAUAGAUUUUCUUUUGAGUGAGGGAGUCCUCACCCUCGUUAUGAAGAGAGAUUUCAAAUGUAUUCGAAGGAAAGUGGAGAAGGCUGCACAACACCUACUGUGGGCCAAGUACUCUCAUAUCCCUCUUUGUGCCUAAACUUAAUAGUCAUUUGGUGAACAGCCUGAUCUUUGGGGAGUGGGAAGGGAGGCCUCUAAGGGAGUGUAAGACACUCCCCUCCUUGAGGUCAGGUCAGAGACAAGCCAUUAAGAGACACAGCCUAUCUAGGUAAGAAGAGGAGGCCUAGGUAGACCAGGGCACAAUCAUCCGGGUGCAGAGUAGGGAGGGCCUUGAGCUGAUCUUUGAAGAAUUAGGAGGAUUUAGAUAAGCCGGAAGGGGACGGGGCAUUCCAUGCUGGUUGCCCAGCAUCAGGGCCAAAAAUGAACAAAGGCAUGGGGGGAGGGGCAGCCAGCAUGAAGGGCGCUUGUUGGAGCAAGGAGCAGCUGGCUAGGAAAGGGUGCGGAGUGUGGGCCCUUGAACCCACUCUGAGUCCUGAGGACCCUUUGGACUCCAGUUGGAGUCAGCUGGGGGAAGUCUCAUUGAGGACUCUGAGAAAUGUAGGUGGCAGGAGGCUUUGGACCGAUUGAAAGGGCCAAGGCCCUAGGAGUGGAGAGACCCUGGAGGAUAAACCCCCAAUAACAGUUUCCAGGGGUACACAGAGGCUGGCCCCUCAUGGCAAGAUUCAAACUGGUAGGGAGUUUUGGAGAGGAAGGCUUAAAGGAAACCCUGAGGUUUCUAUGGUGAAUGACCUGAAAAUAAGGCAAGUGGAAGGUGGGGCAGGCAGCCUUUUCCAGGCAGAAGCUAGGAGGAGAAGGAUUUGGGUUUGGAACAUGUUGGAUUUUUUCAGACCCCUUUUCUGUUUCUUUCUGUUUACUUUUGAAGGGCAAGGGCAAUAUUAGCUCAUGGUUUCAUAUCCGAGAGUUCAGUGGUUCUAUGAGAUAAACUUUUAAUGCAGAAUUCUCCGGGGUCCUGGAAGGGCCGCCACCCUGACAGUUCUUGCUGGUUAUUUUUAAGGUUCCAGCCAUCCCUGCUCAGGCCGGAAUUUCCAGGAACUGGCAGCUGACUCGAGCCAACUGGCCCCUCCCAGCCUCCCACUCCCUCCAGGGUGGGGCCUCAUGGGUGGAGGCCCCUAAGGGUGGAGUGGGGUGGGUCUCCAGCGAUAGGGCACCAAGCAGAGUGGCCUCACGCAGCCUUUCUGGAUUCGAUUAUAUAACUUCACAGAGGAUCACUGUGAGGGCCAACCUGGCAGAUGUGCACAGCAGGAACACACACUGCAGGUUCUUUUCAAUGGUCUUGGGUCGCUUACCCUUAAAACUAAAAGACAAAAUUGUCAGAGAGCAUAAAAAAGGAAAAGGAAUGUGAAACCUAAACUUUUCUUUAAGAAAGGUGUGGAAUGCCACUAACCAGGUGGCAUUGAGCUUGGGAGUUUACCCAAAGGGUAUUGGCUUCCCCACCCCCACCCCUACCUGGCUGGGCCUCAGUCUGAAAUGUGUUGGGAUUUUACUUGGUCUUUACCUUUGCACCUGUCCUUAUUUACAUGCAAAAUCAAUUGCUUCACUUGGUCUUUCCGAAGUACAGGGUGUGGGCAGAAUCUUAUCUGAAGCCAUGUCCUGUUUGGACAAGUCGGACUCCCUUGGCAACCCUCCAUAGGGUGGAGCAGAUGGGUGGAGGCAGGAAAGUAAAAUUGGGUGGCUUGUUAGCAGAGAGAGGAGAGAGGGCGGAAUUGUUUGCUCUCUGGAUCAUUAUAUUUAAUCUGAAACUAAAUAAUUAACUUCUUUCCCAUUUACAAAACAUUUUGGUGCAAAAUAGUGUAAUUUUAUGAGGGGCAAAGAUUUGGAAUGCUCCGUGGAAUAUUUUACAUUUCCAGCCAGCUCUAGAAGACCGAAGUAGAGGAAAUCAAGUGCUAUGAAAAGGGGACACAGCUCCAGAGUAUACACCAGAGCACCCUAGAAAGCUUACCUAAAAGAAUGCUCAUGUUCGACUCGGUGCCUGUCAAGCAAGAGGCCAUGGACCCUGUCUCAGUGUCGUACCCAUCCAAUUACAUGGAGUCCAUAAAGCCCAGCAAGUACGGCGUCAUCUACUCCACGCCGUUACCUGAUAAGUUUUUCCAGACGCCGGAAGGCCUGGCGCACGGGAUGCAGAUGGAGCCGGUGGACCUCACCGUCAACAAGCGGAGUUCACCACCCUCUGCUGGGAAUUCUCCUUCCUCACUGAAGUUCCAGACCUCGCACCGGAGAGCCUCGCCUGGAUUGAGCAUGCCUUCCUCCAGCCCCCCGGUGAAAAAGUACUCGCCUCCUCCCCCGGGCGUGCAGCCCUUCGGGGUCCCGCUGUCCAUGCCACCGGUGAUGGCUGCUGCCCUGUCCCGGCACGGGAUUCGGAGCCCGGGGAUUCUGCCGGUCAUACAGCCCGUUGUGGUGCAGCCUGUUCCCUUCAUGUACACCAGUCACCUCCAGCAGCCGCUCAUGGUCUCCUUGUCAGAGGAGAUGGAAAACUCAAAUAGUAGCAUGCAAGUUCCUGUAAUUGAAUCAUAUGAGAAGCCUAUAUUACAGAAAAAAAUUAAAAUAGAACCUGGGAUUGAACCACAGAGGACAGAUUAUUAUCCUGAAGAAAUGUCACCCCCAUUAAUGAACUCAGUGUCCCCCCCACAAGCACUGUUGCAAGAGAAUCACCCUUCCGUCAUAGUGCAGCCUGGGAAGAGACCUUUACCUGUGGAAUCUCCAGACACCCAAAGGAAGCGGAGGAUACACAGAUGUGAUUAUGAUGGAUGCAAUAAAGUGUACACUAAAAGUUCUCACUUGAAAGCACACAGACGAACACAUACAGGCGAAAAACCCUACAAAUGUACAUGGGAAGGAUGCACAUGGAAGUUUGCUCGGUCUGAUGAACUCACAAGACAUUUCCGAAAACAUACUGGAAUCAAACCUUUCCAGUGCCCAGACUGUGACCGCAGCUUCUCCCGUUCCGACCACCUCGCCCUCCACAGGAAACGCCACAUGCUAGUCUGAACGCCUCCAUCUCCCGCCUCAGUGUGGCUCCCAGCCUCCCGGAUCUCUCUCUGUCCACCCUCCCAUGAUCUAACUCAUUUUUUACAUGUACAUUUUAAUUUUGAUUCAGCUGGUCUGAAUCUCUGAAUUUAUAUCAUUCAAACUUCCAUAUGGUCAGUAGUAGAUAUUUUCUAAUCCUCCCUCUCCUUACCACGGGUCAGACCUAAAGAAUGUGAACAAUUUUUUUUUCCGGGGAUGCUAAGCAAACCCUUCUUACAGAUACGUUUAAUGUAAUGAGAACAAGGAAACAUGUAAAGUAACAUUACCAAUUGUCAGUUUCUCCAUGUACUCCUCAAAACAAUGUCAGAGUAAGUGUAUUAGAAGUACAGUAUCCAGCCUGCUAGUCCUUGCCAGAGACCUUCAGACCUCUGUGCUCUGUGAUCACAUUUUGUGCUUGACAGUGAAGAGAAGGGUGGACCCUUUCACACGUUAGCUGGCAGUGUGGCAAGACUUCACAGUAAUGCAGUCAACUCUUCCAUUGCCCUAAACAAAUCUUGCUUGUCAGCUUGGAUUUAUCACUUCCUCUCUCCUCCCUUGUGCCCGCAGCUAAUACGGAGGUCUCUGCCACUGCUGGGAGAUGAACCCAAGCUGCUGGUUUAAGUGGAUGAUGUUUAUCAGUGGAAGGGAUGGAUGGCGUAUUCACAUAGCGUGUGGUCAAGAGAGGGAGUAUUGAGCAAGGGAGGCCCCAGGGGAAGAAUAGGAAGUCUGCCAUUCCUCCCCGGCUGGGAGUCUUCCAUGAGAUUUCAUCAUUCAGUUAGCUGUACAGUGCUUUCCCAGAGUUUCCGCCCCGAUGUAUAUUCCACCAAACAGACCUUCACAGCAAAGCCAGACACUGAUGGGCUCAUCCAUGCACCCAUUUCCAUUCCUGCAAUGUCCUUAAUGUGGAUCAGCAAGCACUGAUAGGGACACCACCAAAAUAUUUGCCCAGAGUGGGCAAAACCUUUCUGGAUAAGACUAUACAUGGCUUUUCUCUAAGCCAACCUCCUUACAGCUUUUUUGCAAAGAGGAAAAUGCUGAGUGGUGAUUGUAAUCCCCUACCAAAUUAAUCACGUAGCUUUUAUACAGAAACUCUUCUGUGUGAGCUGGAAGGUGCCAAAUUGGCUGUCCUCUGUGUAAGUAAGCAUCUGAUAAUGCUUUAGUAGAUUCAUCCUGUUCAAAACCUGAGUGACACUAUCUGUAAAUAUAACUAGUUGUGAAGCACACAUACCUUUAUUUGGGGGAACAGAUAGCUAAACAAUGUAGAAAGCCACAGUUCAGGGAUUCCUAUAUGUAGCUCAAAAAUUCCCUAAUGUUUACUAUUGAAGCAGUGAUCUCUCAUCACUAUCAAGUAUCCUUUCAGAAGAACAAACUGAAUAUGACUCGUGUUUAUGUUGAAGAUAAAAAGCACCAUUACUUGUAGGAAGUUUUUCAAAAGCAGGCUUUUGAGCACCAUGGUCUAAAUGCCAAUACAAAUAAUUCAUGCAUAGAAAUGCCAUUGGUCCUACAUUUAAAAGUGGGCAUCGGUGGUCGAAUGUGGGUGCAUGUAGCCAAAUGCGCCUUCACCCCUUGAUGAAGGAUGGAGAAGAGAGAAGACUGGAAUCCUGAAGAUUCAUCCCAGCCACAACUCAGGAUCCAACACAACCUUAACUGGGAGGAAUACAUUGCUUAAUUGUUUGUUUUUUUAACCAUCAGUGAACGAAUUAUUCUGGAGGCCUGCAAAUUGUGUGGGGAGCUCACUUUGAUGGCGCUAUUGUUAAUAAAAGUUAGUUGUAGGGACUGCACGCAAGAGGUCCCACCCCUCAGCCCUCUGUACCAACUGAAGGAAAUGGAGUUGAGAAAUGCAAAGUGAUUUGUUAUCUUGGCACUUGGUUUUGGUUCAUUUUUUUUUAAGCACUGACUGCAAAAUUUGUUUGGAAUAUUAAAACAUCCUAAUUGGGCUUUUUUUUUUUUUUUUUUUUUUUUUUGUGGUGACUAUGACAUGAAUUGAGGGAUAAAAUUUGGCUCUUGGAAAAGUAGGCAUUGUCGGUAUUAUAAAUGUUUGUCACAUUCAUGCCAAAGUGUUUAUUUCUUGAAAUGGUUCUUCUACAACACACUGAAGAAUUUAGUCGGAAUGCAAGGAGCUUUUUGUUAUGAUGGAGAGGACCCAUUUGUGUGUUCCAGCCCAUAGAGAAGAUGGGAAAGGAAGCAAGAAAGGAUAGAAUUGAUCUUUGAAUAAGCUUUGAGUCCAGUUAAUAGCUUCAUGAGUUCUCUUAAAAUUUGAUGUGUUUGCUAUGGCAUAUUUAUAUUUUGUUCAAAAGAAGCAGCAAGGCCUUGCAAAGACUCUCACUAUUAUUCAGUUUGCUUAGAUCCUGUUAACAGUUCAUUAAUGAAUAUCCCUUUUAACUAAAAGAAACAACCCACACAGAGGCUACUGUCUAUUUCCAGUCUGGUCUAUAUACUUCAGUUAGCAAUUGGCUCUUACCAAAUUUUCCUUAUAUAUAUAUAUACACAUUUGUAUUUUGCUAUGAUAGUUGAGAAAUUUAGUCUAUUAGUCAUUUUUAGCUGUUAUUGUGGAAGAGCUCAAAUACAAGAUGCCCUUAAACAUGUGGUUUUAAUGAUGUGCCAUGUUAUUAUCAAUGGUGAUUUUAAUUGCAAUAUUUUAAAUUGAUAAGACUUGUAAACAUGAAGUUAGUGUUGUAUACAUUCUGUUUGUUAUAGAAUUGCUGUGAUGAUAUUCAAGUGUCAUCUUGGGGAAGAAGUCAGCAAAAUUAAAUCUGAAUCCAUCAUAUCUUAGAGUUCUGAAUGUGAAUCUACAUCGCAAAUGGGCAUUAACAUUCUAAAUCGAUCGGUUUGGAGAAUGUGUUAGCAGUGUACCAUGUUCACCUAAGGAAAUGCUAAAUCCACGGAAGUUUCAAGAGCCUUGGAACAGAUUGACAGGGGAACUAUAGAUGUAUAUGUGUAUUUUAUUAAACACCCAUCUGCACUAUCAGUGUUGCACUAAUGCAGAAUUUGAAAGACUAUAUUGCUGAUACUGUUUAUCUGCACAUCAUUCCUGAUUAGAUUGUUUUAAAGACAAUCUCAAAGAUGUAAAGUUUUAAAGAAAUUUGGUUUGAAAAUAUACAGUCAUCUUGAUGGAAUUGCUGUCACACAUGA